AUGCGUGGCUGAAGCUGAUGGUCCAAGAGAGUAUCACCCUGGACGGACUGAGCGAACUGUGAGUUCUCAGCAGCUGCUGCGUGUGGACUUGCGGGCAGAUGUCUGGCAAGAGCUAGGUCCUCUGGCCCAUACGUGCCCUGUUAACAAGCCCACAGCAUCUCCGAGACAGCAUGACACCUGACAACACCACAGCAACGUUGUGGUUGAAAAUCACCUACAUCUCCAUGGAGGUUAUCAUCGGGCUCUGCGCUGUCGUGGGCAACAUGCUGGUCAUCUGGGUGGUCAAGCUGAACCCCAGUCUGAGGACCACCACCUUCUAUUUCAUAGUCUCCCUAGCACUGGCUGACAUUGCCGUUGGGAUACUGGUCAUGCCUUUGGCUAUUGCUGUCAGCCUGGAAGUGAGGAUGCACUUCUAUACCUGCCUUUUCAUGGCCUGCGUGAUUCUGAUCUUCACCCAUGCCUCCAUUAUGUCCUUGCUGGCCAUCGCUGUAGACCGUUACCUGCGGGUCAAGCUGACAGUCAGAUACAGGGCGGUCACCACUCAAAGAAGAAUAUGGCUCUCCCUGGGCCUUUGCUGGGUAGUAUCUUUCCUAGUGGGACUGACCCCCAUGUUUGGCUGGAAUAAAAAAGUGAUCUCAGGGCUCGCCCCAAAUAUCACCACCCUGUCGUGCCGUUUCCGUUCGGUCGUGUCUCUGGACUACAUGGUCUUCUUCAGCUUCAUCAUCUGGAUCCUCAUCCCCCUCCUUGUCAUGUGUGUCAUCUACCUGGACAUCUUCUGCAUCCUCCGUAAGAAACUCAGCCAGAACUUAUCUGGCUUUCGAGAGACACGUGCAUUCUACGGGCGGGAGUUCAAGACAGCCAAGUCCCUGUUCUUGGUUCUCUUCUUGUUUGCUUUGUGCUGGCUGCCGUUGUCCAUCAUCAACUUUGUUUCCUACUUUAAAGUUAAUAUACCAGAGGUCGCAAGGUUCCUGGGCAUCUUGUUGUCCCACGCAAACUCAAUGAUGAACCCUAUUGUCUACGCUUGUAAAAUUAAAAAGUUCAAGGAAACCUACCUUGUGAUUCUCAAAGCUUUUAGGGUCUGUCAAAGCUCAGUUUCCUUGGACUCCAACUCUGAACAGACUACCGACACAUAAGCCAUCUCACAGCCUUCAUGGACAGCACCAGCGAGCCCCAUAGGCCUUAUCAGACCUUCCUGUUUCCUUCCACUGCUGUGGGAUCAGCUGACUGGUGGCCAUGCAGUUCCACGCCUCCCCGUCUCUGCCUCAGUUAUUUUCUUGCUCAGUGCUGCGGGAGCCUGACAUGAAGACCAUGCAUCACGUGCUGUGUUCUUCCUUCCCGGACACAAGAAGUAAUGGAAAAAUUCUAGCUGAGCUGGAUGUACAGAAUCUGCUUGGAAAGAUUCCUAAGACACUGAGAUCAGAGUGGGCUGAGUUUAAAGAGAGCCUAACCGGCUAAGCUGACCUGUGUGGGUGUAUUUAGGCAAAUAAAAGA